AUGGUGGAGGAAAGUAAAGAAAUGAAGAGUCAAAUCACGAAGCUGACUGGAGCUUUGGCUGUUCAAGAACGCGGCAAGUUCCCUUCACAAGCUCAGUCAAACCCAAAGGGUCAACAUAUGGCGCAAACCUCAUGUCUCGAUAAUCAAAAUGUUAAGGAGGUGAAUGCCAUCAGUACUCGUAGUGGUAAGAUUAUGGAAGAACCGUCAACAAGUGCCACCACUUCGAGUAGUAAGGAAGUAGUCCCUGAGAAAGAUGAGCCAACAAAUGUUCCGGUAAAGGUGCCUUUUCCCCAAGCUCUACGUCCAACUGGGAAAAUACCGGAACACCAAAGUGAGAUCCUAGAGCACUUGACUCAAGUGAAGAUUAAUCUUUCUUUGCUUCAUGUUAUCAAGCAAGUGCCUAUUUAUGCUAAGGUUAUCAAGGAUCUAUGCAUUAUCAAAAGGAAACACCAUGUCAAGAAGACAACAUUCUUGACAGAACAGGUAACCGCGGUGAUCGACCAGAAAACACCGCUCAAGUACAAGGAUCUCGGUUGUCCCAUAAUUCCCUGUCAGAUUAGGACACAUGAGUUCAGCCAAGCUUUGCUUGAUCUAGGACUGGCUGAUCGAUCGAUCAAGAAGCCUCGGGGGAUAGUUGAGGAUGUUUUGGUUCAAGUUGAUAAGUUCUAUUACCCCAUUGACUUUCUAGUCUUGGAUACUCAAUCCGUGGUGAGUAUGGAGUCUAAGAUUCCCAUCAUCCUCGGAAGACCUUUCCUUGCUACAGCCAAUGCUCUCAUCAACUGUAGGAAUAGUCUAAUGAUGAUAUCCUUUGGGAACAUGACUUUGGAGGUGAAUGUUUUUCACAUUGCAAAGCAACCACGUGAUGAUGACGAGUGCCACCAAACAUUUCUAAUUGACACACUCGUCUCAGAGGAGGUUCAGUUGUGUAGCAAUUCUGAUGAUCUUGAUGAUUUCCUCCGCAUUUCUGAAUCUGAGAGUUUCGGUCCUUGUGAGUUGGCCAAUAAUGUCAACAUUUUCAAAGACUCACAAUGCAGAGGAACCAAGUUUUGA